UGCACAGUGGCAUCACAACUAGACAGGCUCCGAGAGAUCAGUGUGAGACACCCUGGCUCUGUAACAGACAGCAAUGUCCGAGCCGGUUAAACAGCGAAAAGAUUAAAGCAACAGCCAAGAUUCAUAACGCGGCUAAACCUGCCGACAUCCACUGGGAAAGUGUCAACACCUGCGGGGACUGGAGUGGGACAAUGACGGACACUCACGAGCUAAAGGUAACUUGCUGCCCCGAUGCUGAAAACUUUGUAAAUGGGUCAUCCAACGAGGAGUCCGUGCCCAUCAACACUCAGUCUGAGCCCCAGAACAAUGCUUGCCCCCAUUCACAGGCCUCAGUCAGACCCCAGAUUGGCUGUCGAUCUCUAUUUUGUGACCCUCGUAAACUUGCAAUCAUGAGCAUUGUGUGCGGUCUCUCAUGUGUGGGCAUCAAGGCUCUGCUCCUUGCUUUGAAGGCGGAGAAAGAGAAAAACCGUGACCGUUCCUGUGAGCUAUCUCGACGGUCUCGAAGGAUAUCUUUCUUAAGUAUGUGUCUGUGGCUGGGAGUCCUCGUCUGCCUUCCUCUUCUGCUGAUCCUUCUCUCCUACCUCCUCGCUCUGGCUGAGUAACCGGCGGUGGCCUGUAUCAUAUGUGUAUAUAUGUAAAUACAUGCAUAAUAAAGCGGACUGUUUUGUA